GCGUUUUAUCGCUAACCACCAAAGCUCUCAGACGGUCACAAAUAUUUCAUUUUUCAUCAAGUUAACUUAUUUAAAAUGUCUAUCGGGGAUACAGAAUCUUUACGAGACGCUUACGAAGAAGUUCGAUCUGAUAAAACCGACACUAAUUGGGCUGUAUUAAAGUAUGAUGGCAAUACUAUUGUGUUAGAAGAUACAGGAACUGACUUUGGUGAUUUUAAAAGUCGAUUUACAGAUGAUGAAAGAAAGUAUGGGUAUUUGAGAGUUGUCACUGGUGAUGAAUUAAGUAAAAGAAGUAAAUUUGUGUUUAUAGCAUGGUGUGGUAAUGAUAUUUCUGCUAUAAAAAAGGCUAGAUUGGGUACAGAUAAAGCACAUGUUAAAAAUAUAAUGAGUAACUUUGCUAUAGAAUUACUAGUAUCAGAACAUGAGGAAUUAGAAGAAGAACAAAUAUUACAGGCUGUACGUAAAGCUGGUGGAGCUAAUUAUGGUACAGGACAAUAAUGAUGGUUUUUAUAAUUAUUUAUCACAAUUAAUUUAGUCAAUUUCAUCUUCUCCACAAAUUUCAUUUUGAAUUAUGUAAAAGGUAACAGAAAUUUGGGAAGGACAAACAGGCUAAAUAAUUUUUUUUAAAAAACUGAUAACUAUUCUUAAUUAAAUCUAUGCAGAAAUUAACCAAUAUUUUGUGUCUUUUGCAAAAAUGUAAACUUAAAACCUUCUCAAAUGUUUUCAUUAUAAAUCAACCAUGGCCAAGUUUAAAAUUGCUUUCAACCACAAUACUCUAUGAGCUAUAGGAUUAAUGGUAUUAUGGUGGAGAUGUUUGAUACAAUUCAGUAUUGUGUUUGAUGUGUUAAUAUUGACAAAUUCAGGACAAUACUCUCAUUAACUCAUGAUGAGAAAAACACAAACAAUUCAUUAUUUCAACUGUAUUUUCACACCAUCAUGAUUGUGUGUAUUUGCUCAGAUACUCAAUAGUGUUCAUUUGUAAAAAUUAUUAUUUUAAUUAAUUACAUUCCAGGAAGUAAUUUAUGAAUAUCACAUUAGACUAUAUUGAAUUGUAGUCUAUAUAAAAUCUAAAUAAUGUGUUUGUCAUGACAAACAUCAAUGUUUUGUCUGCCAGUUGCUUAGCCUUCCCCAUGUUUACAAUGUCAAGAUAUUAUGAACUUCGACUUACUUUGGCUGCAAUAGCAAACUUUCUUAUAUCACAGAUCUUUAUGAAUGCAGGGAUUUGAUUGGAUGUAUGCUAGCGAAUACAGUCAAUCAGAGGUCUCUGCAGAAAGUCUGUAAAUAAUAAGCUGUAACAUUUACAGUCUUUCUCUCAAGGGGUCUGAUGGACUGUAUUUGAUGGCAUACAAUUGAAAUAAAUGGACGCAUUUCUUGACACAAGAAAUGUGUAUCACAGUCAAGAUAUAAGACAAGGUUUGUAAUAUCUUGACUUUGUGAAGAUGAGCUAACCUUGAUUGGUUUAUUCCAGAUAUAUGCCUGUUUUCAGUAAUUUACAUAUUUGGUAUGUAAUAAUUAGAUUUGACCAAAAUACUAAAAUGUGCCUUAUCCCUUUCAAAAUCAGGCCUUUCUUAUUUUUGUCCAAAGUAUUAUGUCAUAUAUCAUUGAGUAUGAACGACUCUAGGCCUAUACAAAUAUUGCAAUUAUGGCCUACUAACAUGAAAUUGGUUGUUAUUGAAAUGAUGGUUUUAAUUUAGUUCAUCUUGAAGAAUAAUACUCCUUUAUAUUUGAACAGUAUAUCGAUAUAAGUUGUCAAUGUGAUCUCUUACACAUUUAUUUCAUAAUUUUCAAGUUGUUGAUAUUCGGAACAUUUAUAUAGACUAGCAAUAUGUCCUUGAUGAUAUAAUUUUUAAUUGUAAUACAUAUACCCUGAUUUGUUGAAUAAAUAUUUUCAAGU